GCUCUGUGACAGAAACCGCGAAAUUGAAACGCAGAAGAGAUUCAUGUUUUUCCUCUCUGAGGAAGUUGCAUGUGGAUGGUCAGAUGGUGUAGGUCAUAUCUUCAUGUGAUAUGUUCAGUGUGCUAAGUAAAGUUGUAGAUUAUUUUUGGACGGAAGAAGAAGAAGAAAAUAGUAAUGAUUCACAUCUGAUCACUUCAAAUUCUCAAACACACGGAAAUGGCGCUACAAACAAUAAAAGUGUAUCCGAUACAUCAGCCAAAAGCAAGAGCAUUGAUGGAAAAGUGAGUCACCUUUACAACACUCAUGGCUUAAUAGACAAAGAAAUUUACUUUUCUUUUGAUGCAGUACAUGGAGAUAAAUAUCCGAAAGUAGGUGAUCAUGUGACAGGGGUUGCCAAGCAGCAGCAUUCAGAUGGAGGCUGGCAUGCAGAACAGGUGAUUCUUUGUACUGAUUUUUGGGAUCAGGAUGGAGAUGCUGAUGAAGAGCAGAUUGAUCAGACAGAGCCUGAUGCUGUGGUUGGUGUUGUAACACAUUUUAAGGGAACAGAAGGUUACAUUAAUGAUUAUAUCCGUUUCACCUUCCAGCAGAGUGACAUUGGAGAGGAUAAUUACUUUCCUUGUAAUGGGGAUUAUGUUACAGCAGACAUUGUAAAAACUGAGGAAGGCCAAACCGAAGGUCGAAAUGUCCAGCCUUUACGUGUGGAACAAAGAGAAGGAAAGGUCACAGGAGCUCUACAGAACCAUGGAUACAUUGAUGGAGAGAUCUUUUUCAGUUAUAGUGUAUGUAAAGAGGGAUGGCAUCCUCAGCAAUGGGACAAGGUCAAGGUUGUUGCCAUGGAGAGUGUCCAGGGAAGGAAUAAUUGGCGUGCUAUCAGUGUAGAGCCUGUUACCACAUCUUACACUCCUAGUGCUAGAUUUCUAGUCAGUCCUACAAAGUCAUCCUUUCUUGAGGACUUGCAGAGGGACAAGAAUGGAAUAGUGGUCUCGAUGAAAAAUGACUGUGGUGAUGUCAAAAUUGGGGAAACAAAGAAAAUGGUCAUAUGGAUUGAAAAUAAGGGGAGAUCACCCCAGUUAUUCCAGAGGUGUCACUUUCCCGCAGAAGUGACACAGCUGCGAGUGGAGAGUGUAAAGUUAUUGCGGGAACAUGGUGCUAUGAUGACUAUGGGGAACCAGGCUAUAUCAGGGGACAUAACUCUAUAUCCAGCAGCCUCGCUCUACAUCAACAUUGUGCUGGAGCCCAGAUCUGUUGGGCUGGAGAAGCAGUUGUUGAUCUUCACAUUUAAGGACUUUCGUAUCGGGCGGUACAUCACUGCUAACAUUCAGGAUGAAUACAGUAAUCUGGUGACCUCCGACCCACAGUACCAACAGCAAAACAGGAAUGCCAUGUCCCGAUACCGCACGACGGUGAAUGGACCAGCAGGCUGGACCGUCCCAGGGGAAAGGCCUUCCAGAGUGGGUUGGCGUAAGUUGUAUUUGCCAAGCCGCCUUCCAAUGUUCCCAGUUCCUGAGAGAUUGCGUGAAUGUAUACUGGAAGGCGAUGAUGUGGAGGAUGUGAUUCCAGUCCUAGACCAGGAGCUGGAUUACAAGAACUACACUGCCAGAUUCAAAGCCUUGCUACACCUUGAGGAGAUUCAGAUGGACAUUGACAUCAGGGAGUUUGACCUGGAAAGGGUCAGCUUCAGACCUAUACGGGAGUUUUUGGCACUGAGGGUUCCUGGUUUGGCCGAGGGUCGUCCUUCACUUCUGAUUGGAGAUAAGAUUAUCGUUACAGAGCCGGGCGAUUCCAGUGGACCAGCUUAUGAAGGAUAUGUUCAUGAACUGAUGAGUGAGGAUGUCCUCUUGAAGUUUAAUCAGGACUUCCAUUCAACAAACAAUGGCAAGGAUUUUAAUGUCGUCUUUACCUUCAACAGGGCACCACUAAGACGAUGUCAACAGGCAGUAACAUUUGCUGUUAAUUUAGGCGAGAAUGUGCUGUUUCCGACAAUGCUGGAACCAAAGUUGUCCCGGUUAUUGUCCUCCAACAAAAGCAGAGCGAAUGUAGUUCCCCUCAAAUCUCAGAAGCAUUCAUCUGACAAAGUGCAGUCAAUGACCUACUACAACAAGCAUCUGAAUGAUCAACAAAAAGCAGCUGUGACACGGAUCUUACAAGGACAGUGUCGCCCCCUACCAUAUAUUUUGUUUGGACCUCCAGGGACAGGAAAAACAAUGACAGUGGUGGAAACAAUAAUUCAGGUCCUGAAGAAAAUGCCGUCCAGUCGGAUCCUGGCCUGUACACCCUCAAACAGCGCUGCAGACCUCAUUGCCGAGAGGAUACAUCGAAGUAGACAAGUAAAAACAUCUGACAUGGUACGACUGAAUGCUGCUCAGAGAAAUGAGGAGACUGUUCCAGACUGUGUGAAGCCUUAUUGUUGCUAUGGUAAUGACCUAGACCUUGCCAGUCACUACCGUGUGGAAAUAGUAUGAAAGGGUCUAUUUUGGUAU